AUGCGUCGACCUACAUCAAGAACCAAAUAACGAUUUAGGAGACUGCAGUUGAGAAUUUGGGAUAAAACCAGGAUCUGUUGCAUUUUAUUGCAGAUUAGAACAUCAAAAUAUUUCUUUUAUUUCUCACUCAUCAAGAUUCAGACCUCACAUUACCAUGUCUAUGAUCUGUUUGGCCGACUUUGAAGCCUUUGCUAAGAGGCGUUUAUCUACAGCUGUGUGGGAUUUCUACGCUGGAGGUGCAGAUGAUUGUGAAUCCAGAGACAGGAACUUGCUUGCUUUCAAAAGAAUCUACCUGCGUCCCCGGCUAUUAAGAGAUGUUUCCAUGGUAGAUACAAGCACAAUUAUACAGGGUUCUGCUCUCAGCUUUCCUGUAGGAAUCGCCCCAACUGGCUUUCAGAGCCUGGCCUGUCCUGAUGGAGAAAUCGGCUCUGCCAAAGCUGCGAAGGCCAUGAAUAUAUGCUACGUUACUAGCACAUUGGCCACAUACUCUGUGGAGGAAAUUGCUGCGGUUUCCACCUCUGCCUGCAACUGGUUUCAGCUAUACGUUUUCAAAAAGCGUGUGAUAACUGAGCAGCUGGUGAAGCGGGUCAACUCUCUGGGCUAUAAAUCUCUUGUGGUGACUGUGGAUUUGCCCUUUAUUGGCAAGAGAAGACAGGACAUCUUGAACCAUUUCAAAAUACCUACCCACCUGACGCUUAAAAACUUGGAAGCAUUUAAGAAUGACUUGGACAGUCUUGACAAGUCUGGCCUAUGCACUGAUAUCAUAGACCCAUCAUUUAGUUGGAAGGAUAUUCAAUGGCUGCAAUCUCUGACCGACCUUCCAAUCAUCCUGAAGGGCAUCUUGACAAGAGAGGAUGCUGAACUGGCAGUAAGGCAUGGUGUACAAGGAAUCAUUGUGUCUAAUCAUGGAGGGCGACAGCUUGACGGAGUACAUGCAACUAUAGAAGUUCUUUCAGAGGUUGUAGAAGCUGUAAAAGGUCGUAUUGAAGUCUAUAUGGAUGGGGGAAUUCGAAGAGGAACUGAUGUGCUGAAAGCAUUAGCAAUUGGAGCAAAGUGUGUUUUUAUUGGUCGACCAAUAAUUUGGGGGUUGGCUUAUAAGGGUGAAGAAGGAGUCAAAGAUCUGCUUCAAAUUUUAAAAGCUGAGUUUCAUACAGCAAUGGCAUUAUCUGGAUGCAAAAGUAUCUCUGAGAUUGACCGGAGCCUUGUGCAGGUUGCAAAGCUUUAACGGAAUGAUCGGAAUUUAGAAGCAUGGAUGGAUUACUAAAUAAAUCAAAAUAAUUCAAGCAUUUU